GUGUUGUGUACUGAAUAACAAAAACUCAGCAAUUAAUGCAUCACAUCAGUAAUACCCCAUGCAGUGUUAAAACUUGUUUUAAGACUAUUUUUUCCACAUUUACUGUGAAUGGAUACAAACCUAAUACUACUACUACUACUUAUUGUACGCUUGUCUUGUUUUCAUUAGCUACAUUUCAUCAUUGUUAUGUCAUCUUCAUACUUAUAAAAAAAGAAAGAAAAAGUAGUUUCAUGUCCUGUCAUUAUAUAAAGGGUCAGUGCUCCCAUUAAAUAAACAUUAAAGAACAAAUCAAGAGCAAAGCAAAGAUGCAUCAAAUCCCGGUGGGAGUAAUGUCUCUUCGCCUGCUUCAGAUUCCACAAAAAUCAAUGAAACUCGGUUAAUGUUUAAACAUCACUGGACAGGCCAAGAGUCAUUCAGGGGGGAACUGUUGAAGAUAAACUGACUCCAGUUCUCUUUUUUUAUUAUUAUUAUUUGUUCCCGGCAGUGUGUAUGAAGCUCAAACAACUCAGUCAAGAUGGCGGACGGUUGCCCAGUUGGACCAAGACGUUCAGGAAACAGUCAUGUGGAGCGAAGUCGGACGUCCCUCUGUGUGCUGAUGAUGACUGGGUUUCCAAGUGCCCCUCUGGCUGCAGACUCCAGGGUCUGAUCUCCCGUGUGGAGAGCGAAGUCGAGAGAAAACUGCGGAAGGUCUGCAAGACGGCAGAGACAUUCGAAGUCGCAGCUGAGAAAUCCAUGAAUGCAACAACGCACAUCUACAACUCCAACCGGAGGGUCAUCGUCAACAGAUACGUGUCAGAGCUGAGGUUUGUAGAGCGUUCAGAAGGAAUGGCCAAGAACUUCACAUCCCUACGGAGGCGAUCAUCCAGUCUGUCGCAACAGUUGAAGGAGCUGAGUGGCAACAUCCAGAAACAGAUAGAGGACUUGUAUCGAAUGGAGGUGGACACUGACAUGAACAUUCGAGCUUGCCGUGGGUCCUGCCAAUCAGUGCUGCCAUUCGGCAUCGACCACCCCAGCUAUCAGAAGCUGCAAACUGAAAUGGACCACCUGGUCAAGACUCUUGAACGGAGAAGUAAAGCAAAUAGUGCUCAUGCAGAUAUCCCACAUGUCAAACUGCAUUCCCUGGAUGCUGGUCUGGCGCCUUCUUCAGAGUAUAAGACCAUCCCGAUAGUCCAGAGAGAGCUGCUGACUCAGUUUGAGGACAUCGGACAGAAUGAGUUAGCUCUGGAGGAGCUGCUGGAGGAGUCUGCAGAUGUGUAGCCACUCAGUUUUGUGAAGCCAGAAUUAGAGGUUUUCGAAAGUGGGUGGGUGUGGUAGUCUAUAAAGGAAAUAAAGAAGCAUAUCAGCACCUGAUUUUAAAAGGGUCCAUUAAAUUAAACAUAUAUAGUGUAUUUAUUUAGUUAGCAGGGUCAUGUUUACAGUGGGGGAUCAGCAAUUAGAAUGAAGAAGAAUGAUAGCGCAGAGAUUAUUUCACAUAUCAACCUGAUAUCCAUCUAUCUGUAUGUUAGUAAAAUUCAUCUUACCUCCUUUCAGUAGGCACACUUGAAUACAUGGUUUUUAACAACACACUCCUCAUUCUUUCAGUUGUAUUAGAAUUAGGCAAAGGAUAAACAAUGUCAUUUUUUUAUUAAAAAAAGACAAAUUGAUAAAACAUCCCAGAGGCUUAAAAUAUAUCACAGGAAAUACAACAUUUCUGCCUGUAUGCAUUUUGAUCAGCAUCAUCUGGACAAGCCAGAAGACUAUUGGGACAAUAAAUAAGGUUAGUGGACAGAUGAGACCAGAGUAGAAUAGUUUGGUUUAAAUGUUUGGGCAUCAUCAUGUUUGGAGAUGAACCAACACUGCAUUCCAGCAUCAGAACCUCAUCCCUCCAUGAAACAUGGGGGCGCUA